UCGCCACAUCUUCCCUAAUUUUAAAUUACUAUUUCCCAUCAUAAAUGCCUGCAUGCAAAAUUCCGGUUGUUUUUCCUUAACAGUAUCACGUUCAACCAGUAACAGGGGAAAACUUCAUGGUGGGGAUGCAAUGGUAAAGAUAAGGGGGAAACUGUAGCAUUCGGAGAGAUUAGAGAAGAACACAGGUGACACGAAACAGGAGAAGGAAGACGAGGCAGGAAUUGGGGAGGAAAGGUUGAGUGGAAGAGAGGAGAAUUAGGUUUCAGAAGCGAUAUGGGAUUCUCCAAGGACAAUCUUAAUGGCUUCAUCUUGGCUCUUCUGUCAAGCGGAUUUAUCGGCGCCAGCUUCAUCAUCAAGAAGAAGGGCUUGAAGAGGGCCGCUGCGGCUUCCGGAGUCCGAGCAGGGUUUGGCGGGUAUGCCUAUCUUCUAGAGCCGUUGUGGUGGGCUGGCAUGACCUCCAUGAUUGUGGGAGAGGUCGCCAACUUUGUUGCAUAUGCUUUUGCUCCUGCAAUUCUGGUUACUCCUCUUGGUGCACUGAGCAUCAUUGUUAGUGCUGUUUUGGCGCAUUUUAUUUUGAAAGAGAGGUUGCAUAGCCUUGGGAUUCUAGGAUGUGUGAUGUGCAUUGCUGGAUCCAUGGUGAUUGUGAUUCAUGCUCCACAGGAAAGGCCAAUAACUUCUGUUCAAGAAAUAUGGCAAAAAGCAACCCAAACAUCUUUUGUUCUGUAUGCUGUGUUAGUUAUUAUGCUUGUUUUUGUGCUGGUUUUCCACUUAUCUCCUCGCUAUGGCCAUUCCAAUGUGUUGAUAUUCACAGGCAUUUGUUCUUUAAUGGGCUCUCUUUCAGUAAUGAGUGUUAAAGCUCUGGGAACUUCUCUCAAGUUGACUUUUGAGGGUAACAAUCAGUUGGUUUAUCCAGAGACAUGGGUGUUUAUGCUUGUAGUUAUGACAUGCGUGAUUACACAGAUGAAUUAUUUGAACAAGGCUCUGGACACCUUUAAUACUGCCAUCGUAUCUCCUAUAUAUUAUGUAAUGUUCACAACUCUUACGAUCCUCGCAAGCGUGAUAAUGUUUAAGGAUUGGGAGGGGCAAAGUGGAGGAAGCAUAAUCUCUGAAAUCUGCGGCUUGAUUGUUGUUCUGUCUGGCACAGUUCUAUUACAUGCUACCAAGGACUAUGACAGAACCAGCAGAGGCUUAUAUGCUCCUAUGUCUCCAACUCUGAUAACGAGACUCAACAACGGAAAUGGUGACAUUUCAAAGCCCGGUGAAGAUGACAUGGAAUGCUCCGAGGAUAUUUGUCUACGAAGGCAUGAACUCUCCGAACAUGUUUAAUUGCUCCAGUUCUCCGCAAGGUUUGGUUUUGGAGUGCUGAAAGCAUUGUGUGGACUGUCUAAAUUUAAAUCUGAAGUAACCACAGUUAAUCAGACGCAUUCAGAAAACCACAGAUGAACCGAAUACUAUUCUUUCAGUUAAAUUGAAGGAGAAUUGAUCAGCAGGUCUUCCGGGAAGCAUUUUGGGGUGUGUAAAAUGAUGAUUUGCCAUAGUGGUUUGUA